UCCCGCAGCCAAACAAAAACUUUUUUUUUGACAAAGAUAGAACAUGAAGAUCAAGAGUUUGAUAUUGGCUUCCUCUUUUCUGAUUCUUGCCUUCAUUCAUCACUCAGAAUCAGCUUCAUUUCGGAGUUUGCUGAUGAAGAAUGGAUUGUACGAAGAAGAAGAAGCAAAAAUUCUAUUGGGCGACUCCAAAGAAACGAUAACUAAUUCUACAGCUUUGGAGUCUAAACGGAUAAUUCCGACGGGUCCAAAUCCACUUCACAACAGGUAACUUUGAUCAUUUAAGAACAAGAUAUGUUGUGAGUAUGUCUCUUCCUCUGUUUUUGUUACAAGUAUCUAUCUUACUGUGUAAUGUAAUGGUGAAUGUAUAAGACAUUUUCUAAUUAAAUUACCUUAUUUAUUCCCUAAUAAUUGCCUUUCACACAUCUUUCUUUGUUGUUUCAAAUUAAUUAAAGAAAUCAUAUGA